UGAUUUGACCAUCGGUUCUGCUUUGGAUAUCUUUGGUGGCCAGGGCGCGAGUCUCUCUGACUGUGUGGCUUUCAACCGUAGAUGAGCAGCAAUAGAUGUGACUGUUGUGUUGCGUGCACAUGCGAUGACAUCUCCACUUCACUCGAUUACAGCAUACAAACAACCUCGCCUUUCGCAAGUCUUGAGAUACAGAGGGAAUGGCUCCAGCAUGGUACGAGCCUCUUCUCGAUGGCGGCUACAUGCCAAUCCCACUCCUUCGCUAUGGCAUUCGCAGACAACUCCAAGUUCGUCUCAAUGAACUUGCCUUUCCCGAUGUUGAAAAGGCGCUUGCCGACAAGCUUGCCUUUGUCGCUUCCCUUCGAGAACGUCCUAUUGCCAUCAACACGGAAGAUGCCAAUAAGCAGCACUAUGAGGUCUCCACGGAGUUCAUCCAGAUGUGCUUGGGUCCGCGUAUGAAGUACUCAUGCUGCUUAUUUCCAACUGGACGCGAGUCGCUUGCUGAGGCGGAAGAAGCCAUGCUUGCUUCGUAUGUGGAAAAAGCACAGCUCAAACCUGGUAUGUCAAUUUUGGAUCUUGGCUGUGGCUGGGGCUCCUUGUCGCUGUACCUUGCUGAGAAGCUACCGACGUGCAAGAUUACAAGUCUGUCAAACAGCAAGACGCAAAAGAUCUUUAUCGACAAGACUGCCGCUGAGCGAGGCUUCAAGAACCUGACGGUCGUGACGGGUGAUGUCAAGGAUCAUGAAUUCCCCGAUGGCAGCUUCGAUCGUGUUAUGUCGGUGGAGAUGUUUGAGCACAUGAAGAACUACCAGUUCCUGCUAGCUAAAGUGUCGCGAUGGCUCAAGGAUGAAGGGAAGCUGUUUGUGCACAUCUUUUGCCACAAGACGCAGCCAUAUGAUUACAAGGAUGGGGAUGGUUGGAUGACGGAUUACUUCUUCACUGGUGGCACCAUGCCCUCGAAUGAUCUGUUUCUGUACUUCCAGGAUGACUUGGCUAUUGAGGGGCACUGGGCUGUGAAUGGCAAGCACUAUGCUCAAACAUGCGAGGAAUGGUUGAAAUUGCUACUCAAGAACAAGCGUCAAGCAGAGCCAUACUUGAAGCAGACGUAUGGCGAGGGUGAAGUGACACGUUGGUUCAACCGAUGGAUCGUCUUUUACCUUGCCUGUGCUGAGCUCUUUGCCUGGGGCAAUGGCAAUGAGUGGUUUGUCUCGCACUACCUCUUCAAGAAGAAGCCGACCGCUGCUUAGCGUCUGCUGCACAUCAGCACAUAUUCUCAUUCCUCGGCUUUUCACAUACAUAGAGAAGGUUUCUGUAUCCGUAGAAUCUGUAAUACGCUGUACAUCCACCUUCAUGACGUGACCAGCCGGACUCGCUUGUAGUCUCUGCACGAAGAGGUCG